GAAUGAUGAACAAGUAAACUUUCAUGAUAAAUUUACGUUGCUGUUUUCAUUUCUUCUUUGGGUUUCUUCCUUUGUUCUUCAAUGGGGCGCGUGAAAAUUCUCAGAGAUUUCAUCGGAAUCAUCAAAGACAAAGCUUCUCAAAGCAAAGCAGCUUUGAUUUCCAAUCCCAAAACUCUAUCUCUCCACUUAGCCUUACUGAGAUCCACGACCCAUGAUCCCUUCAACCCACCCGACCCAAGACACCUUGCGGCUCUACUUUCCUUCGGUCAUAGCUCACGCGCCACCGCCUCCAUCGCCGUCGAGGCCCUCAUGGACCGCCUCCAAACCACCCGUGAUGCUUCCGUUGCCAUCAAAUGUCUCAUCGCAGUUCAUCACAUCAUUAAACGUGGCAGCUUCAUUCUUCAAGAUCAGCUUUCCGUUUAUCCUUAUACCGGCGGCCGGAAUUACCUUAAACUAUCGAAUUUCAGAGAUGAUACGACGCCAUUGAAAUGGGAACUUUCUUCUUGGGUUAGAUGGUAUGCUUUAUACCUUGAAAAUAUGUUGUCAACAUCGAGAAUUUUAGGGUUCUUUCUAUGUUCAACUUCAAGCGGUGAAGAUAAAGAUAAAGACAAAGAAGAAGACAAAGCAUCAUCGCUCAUAAACAGUGAAUUGCUCAAAGAGAUAAACUCUUUGGGGAAUUUGAUCGAACAGAUUGCGAGAGCGCCGGGUUCUUUGAAUUCAAACUGCAACAUACUGGUUGACGAGGUACUAGGAUCGGUGGGUGAGGACUAUUUGUCAUCGAUCAACGAGGUUUCAAUUCGGGUCAGUGAGUUUAGGGAGAGACUCGGUUGUUUGAGCUUCGUUGACUCGGUUGAGUUGGCGUGCGCUUUGAAAAGACUGGAGGAUUGUAAAGAUGGAUUGUCAACAAUUUUCCAGAGGAAGAAAGUGAUGAUCGAGACGGUUUGGGGUUCUAUAAGUGAACUAAAGGAUCAGAUUGGGAACAGUGAAGUGUAUAAAGAAUAUACAGGGAGAUCGUUGAUUACGGGGAGGAGGAACAAGGUGAGUGAGUCGGCUCGGUUUGGGGAGCGAGUUAUGAUGACGCAAGGUGGUGACUCGGUCAAGUUCUCUUCCGGGAGAUUUCAGAGUUUCAAUGAGUUUUCUUUUACAGGUUAGUAGUUGCUGAAUCUUCGGUGA